AUGCUGCCUGCCAAACACGCAGGAAUUCUCUCCUGUGGAUGCUCUCUCAUAGCUUUACUUACUUGCCUUUUCUAUCUUCCAGCCUUAGUUUAUAAGAUACAGCAUAUCAAUGAUCAAUUGCGUGUCGAUUCUGACGAAUUCCGAGUCAUGGCUGACAUCACUUGGACUGAACUAGCUAAGGUCCGCACCGCUACAGGAAGAACUAAAAGACAAACGUAUGGAGACACACCAAAGAAAACAUACGCUCUUCACAAUGCUUACAUGAAAGAAGACGCCUUCGUUGAAGGAGCUCCAACCUGCAGUUGUAAUGCUAAAAACUCAUGCCCACCAGGGCCUCCAGGAGCUCCAGGAAAAGCUGGUCAAGACGGAGAACCAGGAAAAUCUGGAGCCCCUGGAUCCCCAGGUUUGGCUGGAAUAGCACCACCUGUCACCCUCGAUCCUAACCAAGGAUGCCGUGUAUGCCCACAAGGACCACGAGGACCUCCAGGAGCACCAGGAGAGGCUGGUCCAAUGGGAACUGAAGGUCCUGCUGGAAACCCAGGCAGACCUGGAGAACAAGGACGUGAGGGAUACCCAGGACAACCAGGAAUACCAGGAGAAGCUGGCAAACCAGGAAAACUUGGUGAACAAGGACCACCAGGACGAGAUGGAGUUCGUGGGGAGAAGGGACCACAAGGACCAAGAGGAGAAAAUGGACCCCCAGGACAGAAAGGCCCAGUUGGUUAUCCAGGAAGAGACGGAUCACGUGGAAGCGACGGAGAAAUGGGACCAGCUGGAGCACCAGGAUUACCAGGAAUGUCAGGAGAAUCAGGACAACCAGGUCUCAUGGGUUCACCAGGAGCUCCAGGGCCAGACGGUUCUUAUUGUAAAUGCCCUGAACGAAGUGCAGGAGUUAACAAACCCCCAGUUCAACAAGAAAAGCCUCCAGCAUAUGAGCCAGAGCCGCAACCACAGACUUAUGGACAGGAUGCUGGUGUUCAAGAAGCCCCAAGAAGUCCAUAUCGCAAAUGGAAAUGGCUCCAAUAA